UUUUUAAUUCACUUUAGUUGCUGCAUUUGAAUUGUGAGGAACUUUCAACAUCCAUGGAAGUUUUCCAAGGUUUUUUACUGGCGUCGUGAAGAAGAUCAUGCAAUAGAAGAACCAUUUUUGGUUCUCCAAAGAAAUUGUAAUAAUCUGAAGAAGUGGAAAAAACCCUUUUCGAAUCUUUAUUUUUGAGGAAUUUAAGGAAGUGGAAUUCAAGUGGAAUUUAAUGCAUGCAAAUGUACUGUGUAGCUUUAAUAAUACAGUUUGUGUUUUGCAUGAAUUACCCAUUAAAAAAAAAAACAUACAUAUGACCCAUUUCCAUAAAUGACAUUUAAUUGAAAUUUGUGUUUAUAAUGCAUUACAUUUAAUAAACGAAACUCAGUUUCAUUCAGUUCAAAUUCAAGGAAAACUUGUUCUUAAAUUCUGAAUGUUGCCAAAUCUUGCAACACGUUCUAUCAUUUCUUAUUUUAAAAUCUUUCCAUUUGCAGUAGAAAAGGCAAGAAUGAAUGGAUGAAGCAUUAUAUAACUAUAUUGUACACCCAAAGCUCUUCACAAUCACAUCAGGAUGCAUUGGUUUUCUGCUCAAGUUGCAGCUCUUUUCUUCUCUCGUCUCAAGCCGACUUCCAGUGAAGGCCUCAGUUACUGGAUAAUGGUCUUUUUUCCCUCAUGUGCGUGAGCCAGGAAAGGAUGUUAUAAUAACCCUUCCAGAUGUUCUGGAGCUCCUCUGCACCAAUAGCAGCGGGUCUCGAGGAAUUUUCAUUGCGCAACCGGAACGUAUGACGUUGACGUUACAAGAAAUGGCUGUAGCUUCCUAUAACAGAGUCAAUGCAUUGUAGUCUGUUGGACUGAUAGAGCUUCUGAGGAAAUCUUGUAUGAAUAUGGUCAUUGUGCAUUAGUGAAAAACAUGUUUAUGUGCAAAAUUUCCGAGUUAUCGUUCAUGUGGAUGCUUGUAAAAAUAUGCAUCUUGUUUGUCCAAAGCAGCCCGAGCAUGAGCUUCACUCCUCAAGCGUGUCUUUGUUUUCCUUUAGGGUGGAUCAUCUGUACACGUUCUUUGUCCAGUGGUCUCCAGAGAGCAUCUACAGUAAACACACCAGUAAGCAGGACUUCCUAAAGGUCCAUCCCGAGACCCUCAAUGUGAUCGACACUUUACUGAAUAAUUCUGCUCCCAAGAACUGGAAGAUCGUCACUGUAAAACAGCAGAAGCGUCGUCCGAGUGUUUGCAGCUCUGCCGACUCUGAAUCCGAGGACCUGCAGCCAGUUUUAGUAGAUCACAGUCAGAUCCUGAAAGAACAGCAUCUUGAACAACUGAUGAACCACAUUCCGGCUCGGACUCAAGGUUAUCCGUGGAAGCUGGUGUACAGCACGGCGGAGCACGGCACCAGCCUGAGAACACUGUACCGGCAGAUGGCAGAAAUAGACAGACCCGUUCUGAUGGUCAUCAAGGAUUCGGACAACCAGGUGUUCGGAGCGUUCUCCUCUGACCCUUUCAAAGUGAGCAGCUACUGCUACGGGACGGGAGAGACGUUCCUCUACAGCUUCAGUCCAGAGUUUCAGAUCUUCCGCUGGAGUGGAGAAAACUCCUACUUCGUGAGAGGAUUCCUGGACUCUCUUCAGAUGGGAGGAGGAGGGGGUCCGUUCGGAUUGUGGCUGGACGCUGACCUGUAUCGCGGCUCCAGUUACUCCUGCGACACCUUCUGCAACCGGCCGCUCAGCCUCCAUCACGACUUCACCAUCCAGGAUCUGGAGGUCUGGACCUUCAUCUGAGCAGAAACCGCUGCUGUGUCGGUGUUAUCGCUGCUGUUUCAUCUGAACAAACAGUGUUCGUUCCAGCUAUGAAACCUGCAGAACUCGUCUGUUGACUCAAACAGAACAUUUUCCUCACUUGUAAGUGGCUUUAGAUAAAAGCUUCUGGUAAAUGAACUAACAACAAUGUAAAUGUAGAAAACAAGUUGAGGCAGGAUUUGGGUUUUCAGUUCCCGUUUCCCGUAACUGUAACUGUUGAAGAGGCCUGAUGGGACCUGAACGGCAUUGCUCAAGAUGCCAAGCUUCAAGCGCACAUGUUCCAAACUAUGUAGGCAACAUACUGAAGCACACUAGUUUUGAGUACUACUGACAUAAGACUUUAGUGUCUUGACUUUAAAAUGCACUUACUGGUUUAUGUGACCGACUACUACAUGAAAAAGGAUUUGAAAAGGAAAAAUGGUUUGCUGUAUGAUUGUGAUUUUACUAAGCUAUUUUUUUACUGUAUUUAAAUAACUUUGUGAUCACUGUUAAUAUGUUGAAUUGUGUUUUGGGGUUUUGAUUGUGUUCAUUGUGCAGUGCUGGCAUUGCAUCUGGGUUUUGGGUAUCUAAUAAAACAUUAUUUUUUGGAAA